CUUCUCGUGACCGAACUCUCGCUCUUGCCUUUCGUUUCGCGGUCCGGCGAAACCUCGGAUAAAUGCAUCCGCUCAGUGUUCACAGGUCCAUGGGCUAUAUAAAGGGUCGAGGAGCGACGGAUUCUUUAUCUCAUCUCUGCCACCAUGUCAAACUCAUCCUCAGCUCAUCUCAUUAAUAUCAAGAAAGAAAUCGCUUCUUCGUAUCCUGACUUUGAAGAACGCGUUACACAGGGAUGGGCCGACAUCCUUGUUGAACUGAAGAAGGCAACACAGACAAUUAGCGCUGGGGGUCCUGAAUACAUUCCCCAAGUCCAGUUCUCUGAACUUGAGAACCUUCCAGCGGAUAAGAUUGAUGAAAUCCGACGCAAGGGGUGCGUUGUGAUCAAGGACGUUGUUGAUGACGCGCAAGCAACUGCUUGGAGGAAGUUGCUCGAAGAUUUUGUAUCUACCAAUCCCGAUGCGGACGGUUUUCCCGACGGAAAUAAACAGUUUUUUGACCUCUAUUGGACGAAAUCUCAAGUGGAGGCGCGCUCUCAUCCCAACAUGCUCGCUGCUUCGGUCUGGUUGAACAAAUUGUACCAUGCCGAGGCGGGGCAGAAGCUGGAUGGCGUAGAUUUAUCCUCGCCACUCAGCUACGCUGAUCGGUUCCGCAUCAGACACCCUGGGAAGGGUUGGACUGCGCAUCCGCCCCACGUCGAUGGUGGUACUCUUGAACGUUGGGAAGAUCCUACCUUUAGGUCUUGUUUCGCUGACAUCCUCAGCGGGCAAUGGCGCAAGCAUGAUCCGUUCCUGCUUGCAGGCCGUGUAAACGCGCAAACCUCUCUAUGCCACAGGCCGGAACAGUCUUCCAUCUUUCGAACCUUUCAAGGCUGGAUUGCCAUGAGUGAAAUUGCGCCCACCGAAGGAACUCUUAAAGUUUUUCCUGACGUAUUGCUGUCUAAUGCCUAUCUGAUCCUCCGUCCCUUCUUUCGCUUGUUGGUUGCACCAGAUUCCCCAGAAAUCUGGAAUCCCAAGAGCUGGGUAUUUGACGUUUCCAGUGCCGAUUUUCCCGGUAUCGUUCCUCGCAAUGGAGGGUGGUACGGGCCUCAGCCAACGCCUGAGCUCCACCCUAACCUUCUCCUUGAGGAGACUAUGACUUCGGUGCCUAAAGUUCGCCCCGGUGACACCGUAUUCUGGCAUUGCGACCUCAUUCAUUCGGUCGAGAAGGAUCAUAUUGGAAACUGUGACUCUGCUGUUAUGUACAUUCCUGCGGUUCCUACGACUCCAUUGAACCAAGCAUACAUCGAGAGGCAAAAGGAACACUUCUUGAAGGCGGUCGCACCGCCUGAUUUCCCUGUCCAGACAAAGGACGAAAAUGCGUUGGUAGGGUUUGGAAAGGCUGACGAUAUCUUGAAUCCUUUGGGACGAAAGGCCAUGGGAUUGCCUGUUUCUGUUGCUUGAUGAGGUUUCGUGUUGUCAUGUACUACCACUUGUUCCAAGAUAUCAGAAGAAUCUGUACUCCCCUUUGGUUAGAAAUAUAACCUUUGUUUUGCGUCCUCCCCACCG